AUGACGACAUUAUACACAAGUGAGCCGAGUGACGAGGAUGCCCAGGCAUUCUGCGAACCUGUUCACGUUGAUACAGGCUUCGUAUACGAACACAGACUCUUAUUUACAGAAUGGCUGACAAGUACUACAUUCAAAAGCGUGGUGCCACGCAAGACCUUCGAAGUGCGUUCCGAGGUAUUAUGUGCGCUUGCUGGCGGACAGAGUGCUCGGCAAAUCGCCGAGAAAGGCAUGGCGUCCAUGACUUUUGUGCAAAAAACGCGCCAAAACUACUCGCUCGACCAACGCGGCGACUUGUACUACCAUGCACGAAAAGGAAAGGGGGCCUUACUGGUCAUCCCUGACGAUCAAGUCUUUGAUACAAUUGUCCAGGAGCACAAUGCCCUGCACCACCAGGGGACGAGCAAAACAUGGCACGAGGUGUCUGCACGGUACCACGGGAUUCCAAAGCGUGCUGUCGACUGGGUGCUACAACGCUGCGUUCUCUGCCAUGCAUACCGACCAGGCCCGCGUCCAGCACCGACUCAACCUAUACCAUCACAUCGAGCCAUGGAACGUGUUCAGAUGGACUUGAUUGACAUGCGGCAAGAGCCGGAUGGGAAGUUUCGCUGGAUUCUACACAUAAAAGAUCACCACACGCGUUUCUGCAUGCUGUACCCUUUACGCCAUCGGCGAGAACGUGACGUGUUGUACUACUUUCUGCAAUGGAUUGCUAUGAUGGGCCCACCUGCCAUCCUGCAGACAGACAAUGGGACCGAGUUUGUUAAUCUGCUUCUUUCGCAGGUGGCUAUUCAGCACCACAUCCUUGUUCGGCGCAGUCAACCAGGGCGUCCUCGGAGCCAGGGACUCGUGGAACGAGCCAAUGGGCAUGUGCGCAAACUCAUUGCCAAGUGGUGCCACCAAUUCGGUGAACGGCAAUGGGCUCGAUGCCUGCCAACUAUUGCUUUUUCGUGCAACACAUCUGUUCAUGCAAGUACGAACAAGAGCCCUUUCGAAAUGGUAUUUGGUCGUAAGCCGCAGUGGCAGCGUGUGAGGUCUGCUUCGCCCUUAGAUCUGGGACCAACAUCACAGGGCUCAUUGUCUAAGCGGACGGAUGACCUGCACACUGCGACGCCGCCUUCAACGCCACGCCACGAUCCUGUUUACCCGCGUGGCAGCUGCGUCAGCAUCAGCAUUACAGGCGUCGAUCGCAGUCCCCUGGAUGUGUACCGCAUCCCGGCCGUCGUACUGAGCCACAAAAAGCAUAAGGGCUACCGUGUAGCAACGGCAUGGGGCAUUCUGUCAAAGCGCGUUGCGCCACGGCAUGUGCUUCCUCUCCCAGAAGGCCACCAUCUCCCAGCUCGUGCACUGGCCUAUCUGCAUCCCGGCAUACGCGCACCUUACGUCCGCCUUAGCGACUGUCUACAGCAGCUGCACGAUGCAGAUCCACAUGAGAAAGAUGCGCCUUCACAAUCUAUGCAGAUGCCGUCAGAGGCAUAUGAAUCGUCGUAG